UCAGCCGAUCGCAUGAUUCCUGGUUCACGCUCUUUUCACAGCGGGACGAUGUUGAGGAAAGCGCUCGCGGCAUUAUUUCUCUACGGGCUCGUUACGCACUACAGGGCGGGCUGUUCUCCCGCGGGACUCCUUCAACCCGACGACAGACUCGACGACGACGUCUUCGACGAGAACGGGGACUCGUUACUGCGUCUGCCGUUUGGCGGGAACCAACUGACGUUACGGAGCGCACCAUCAGAGGACGUCUACUCCUUAUAUUACCCCGAGGAGGAGAGAACCCAGCGGCACGCGGACGGCAUGUUCAAUAAGGCGUACCGGAAGGCGUUGGGUCAGCUGUCCGCACGGAAAUACCUCCACGCGCUCAUGGCGAAACGUGUAGGGUAA